AUGUGGACUACGCACCAGAAUUGUGCUGGGGAGAACGUCUCGCGCAGACCCUUGUAUGUCGUGCUCGAACGUGCGUCGGUGGAACUCUGCCACGUCCCGCCACCGCCACCGCGCGGCCGGUACGCGAAGCAGAAGCCGACUCUGCUCACUUGCGAUGACCACCAGAGCCUCUUGGUGCGCAUGGGCAGAGAGAUCAGCGAUGCCCGCCCGGACAUUAGCCACCAGUGUCUCCUUACGUUGCUCGAUUCGCCCCUGAACAAGGCUGGGCUGCUGAAAGUAUUUAUCCAUACAACACAGGACCUUCUCAUCGCUGUGCACCCCGACGUCCGGAUCCCGCGCACGUACAGACGCUACAGCGGUCUCAUGGUGCAGCUGCUGCAGCAGGGCGAAAAUCGCGGGGCGAGCGACUCGCAGGUGCUCAUGCAUAUUCUCGACCAUGCCAUCGCACGUCACCUGCCGCCGGACACACUCAAGCUCGGUGAGAGCCAUUAUGCGCGCACGGCCCCGCGGGGUGGUUGGUGCGGCGCGGGGCGGGGCACGCGCUCGCUUGCGCUCUUCGUGGGUGCGCACGCCAAGGGCACCCGACGACUUUGCGGAAGAUGUCAUCGAGAAACGGUGAGCCUGGGUAGCUAUGCGGUGAGCGCAUCAGUCGUGUGCGGGAAGGUGUGUUGCGCGAUGGAGGAUCUACUCGGUAUCGAGUGAGGUACCGUCCCCGCUCGCUCGUGUCCCCGAGAUGUCGCGAACGUCUACUUUGGCGAAGACGAAUUGUGGGGUCGAAGCGAAAUUAGGUGUCGUUGGGCAUCGCAUUCGGACCUUUAGAGAGCUCGAGUUGGAUGCUGGGCACGGGAUGCUAGGUACUGCCCUCUGGCGAAAGCGGAUAUUUGAGCCCUAAACGACGGGACGUCCUGU